AUGGCAGUAUAUGGAGGUUUCAGUACUCGCAAUCAAGAAACUAAAUACAACAAGCUAACAGAAAGUCUAAUAGGCGACCUACAAUAUUUUAUCAGUUCAUCUUACAAAGGAGAAUCCAUUGAGCCAGAAUGGUCGACAAAAUGCUUACUUAAUUAAUUAUUUAUAACGUUUAACGUCCACUACGGGGUAGCCGCUUCCAGAGCUGCCACCAUUUUUAUUCACGUGUCGGGCCGAUGAACCUCUGGAUCGAUCCAUUUUAUUGCACCAGGACAUGGGUCCAUAAGCGUGCUGGCUUCGACGGGCUGCGUUACUCGCUCUCCUUAACUUAGCUCCUGCGCGUGCUCCGCCUAAGGUUCAUUCCUCGGGUGUGCUGAGAGGUAAAACUUCGAGCCUCUUGAUGUACUUGGAGCAGUGCCUCGGCUUAUCUACCAGAGUUAAACUGCUAUUGCUGUACAGAAGUUCUCAGAAGAACACCUAACCCCAUAAAUAAAAUUGAUUGAGGGAGAGAAAAUUAGUGGAGCUAAUUUCACUCAAACCGAAUGCCAUUUUAUUUAUGGCCGACAAAAUGCAAAAAUACUUUAAUCUGCAUGGCCAAACUUGAAGAGCGCAAACAUUACCCUCCAAAAUUUACAUCUAGCUGUGUCGAACUAAUAGAAACUUUAGAAGCUCCCCUUAAAUUUAGGCCUAACAUUCGCAAUUACACCGAGUUAACAAAGCAAGAAACACCAAAAUUCACCCUCAGCAAAACAAUAGAGAGAAGCCUUUCGCCUCUCAGCUCGCCCUUAAAGCUUGAAAACCGUCAAGGAUCUACUGAACUUCCUCCAAUCCACACUAAAGAUAUCCAAUUAUCAGGUAUUUAUUAAUUGAGGUUGAUUAACACGAAGCAAGUCAAGAAGCAAGUCUCCUGAUAUAGCUCUUGCAUUUUAAUAGGCCAUUAUUGGCAUUUUUUAAAAUAAAUUUUGCGUGUCAAUUUUUUGAUGUGCAAUCAAAAAUAAAAUGGCAAAGAGACGCCGAAUCUAAUAAGGCAAGUGCUUGGGUAAUAUUUUUUGUCUUAAAAUUAAAUUAGCAGAUGGGCACUCGAUGUAUUGGUUACGCAGUCCCUAAGGACCCUUAACCCUUUCAGGGGGGAAAUUUUUAUCAAGAUCCAAAGGAUUUCCUUACACUCUUAUCUAAAGUCUAAAAACAACAAGUUUAUGCAUUAUUUUCUCAAAUUCAUUGAUUCAUUAAAUUAUUAAAUAGAUUCUUUAAUUAUUAGGGCUAUGAUAAGGGCUAAAGCAAGCUUUAUGCAAUGGCAUUUUGCAAACAGAGCACAUAUAGAUGGUGUUUGAAUCUUUAAAGCGCGAUGAGCAUAGUGUACACCUUGAUUUUUUUCCAUACAAAUUAAUUUCAUGCUUCUGGUAGGGUGCACGAUCAAUUUCCUUAUCUUCAGCGUUUUGCCUUUGCUUAUUUUCGAAUUGCGUUAGGUGCAAUUGACAAUCGAAAAUCAAGAUAGUCUACCUUUCUAUCGGAAUGCUUCAAUGAGAUUUUUGUAGGUUUCAUUAGCAAAUAUUGUUUUAACGAAUGCCUUCCUUUAAAUGCGAUCAUUGAUUCAUCAAUAGGCAGAUCUUUUCUUGGUAUAUAAAAUUGUAGUGAGCACUCUCGAAUUAAAUUUGACAAGUAUUUAAUCCUUGAAAGUUUAUCGUUUUUAUCCUUUUCUUCAAUUUGAAGAUAUUUUUAUUGAUGGCAUGAACCUAUCAACGCUCAUCGUAUUUUUGAUUAGAUUGCUGCUCCAAUAAUAUGUGUCUGCCAAUGCAUUCUGAAUUAUGGUUUCUGAUCAAUUCCCAUAAUGAUGAUCAAGCCUAUAUAUUCUCUAAGUUCAAGCACACUUAGAGCUCUUCAUUCAACCUUUUUCUUUCUAUUCUGAGCAUUUUCUUCAUAAAAAUGGUUUGAUUUAACUACAAUUUCUUCAUAUAUGGAAGCUGGUCAAAAAUAUCAAUAUCGGACAUAUGCUUUCCAUUGUCUGGAAGAUUGACAGCAGGAAAUUGCUCUUAAUGCUCAAUUGCAUCAAGGUCAAUUGAUUCUUCAGUUCUCCAACCUUCUAUGAGUCGGUUUGCUGGAGAAUUCCUCGUCAUUUCUCCAUAAUUGAAUUUAUUAUUUAAUUUUGGUCUUGGGCACUAUGUACCCAGCCCCCACUAGAUGUGUUAAUACAAGGGUUGUCCGCUUUGCGAUGUUCCCUGUUGGACACUUGAUCGGUUGAGACAGCUCCGCAGGCAAGAAAAGCAUCGACCUCACAUUGAUACUUCUCCAGCCCUUGAUACCAUGGGAUCCCUGGAGUAUUGCUCACUGAGAACGUCUCCUCAUCGCCUUGAAGGCUGAACUUCUGUGACCCUGCAUCGGGCGAUUUGAUGAGUAGCUUUGAUCCAGGAAAAAUCCGGAGUCUAACGAGUGCUGGGUGCCUGCCCUCAGCAGCUAUAGUAAUUGCCCGAGGAUGGCGCUAUCUUGCGCCAUCCUCGGGCAAUUACAAUACUUAAUCCUUAGGCCCAGGCUGCAAUCCCUGGUAUUGCGGUGAGUUUCACCUAUGUGUCCCGAAGGAUAUUGCCAGGCUAACUCUUUCCAACCACAGAAACUAAGGCAAAACCUGCCUAGAUAUACACAAGCCCAUAUCAAACCUAAAUCUCAUCUGGUUUCUCGCCAUAAGGUUGAGAAAAUUGCGUCAAGAGACCAGUUACGGUUUGGUUUCCAUUUUUAUGUAUAUCAUAUAUAUUUGGGUCAGUAUGCUGUUGGCCAUAGCGAUCUAUUAGGACGUAUAAGCGAUAUAGCAAGAUCCUCAUCAAUUACCUCAGACAGUGCCAAAAUUUUGAAGCUAUCUCAUAUUAAAAGAUAA